UACCUUCUUCGUGGAGCAUGUUUUCCAAUUGCAAGAACGGGAGCGUUGCUGGAGAAUUCAAAAGAGAGAGCCUGCUUUGGUAAAACUUGCAGACUCUGAGCUAAGGGAGGAACUGGCAAAAAAUACUACCUACCUGCCUGCAGGCUAGUCGGCUUCCCUUCUUCAGAACUUCCCUGCUUGUGCAAGCAGGAGCUCCAUCCUUCCUCCACCCAGUCUCCGAGGGAAGACGGAGCAGCCCAGCCUGCUAGGUGGUUUCGGCCUUUUGUGCGCUGGCUUCCUCUGCCUCAGCAGCAAGCAAGUGCACAGAGGGAACAUUCCGGCAGGCUGCUUUCCUGCAGCUGAGGAGACGACAUUCACGGACCUCCUUUUGAUUAGGAUAUGUCACUGUUGUCAGGGCAACUGUUAACGGUGGCGUAUCAUAUUUUCUCCUCUUGGGCUGCCUGCUGAAUAUUUCAGUGUGCAGUAGCUGGAAAGAAGAAGAAGAAGAAGAUACAGGGAGGGGGGAAAGGUGCUGCAUCAGGAAGGACAGAAGACGUGGGAUCUGACUGAACAGGUUUAAAGGCGUCAAGAGGAGGAGGAGGAGGUUUCCAAACCGAUGGGCCUUUAAUUAAGGCCUUUUAUUUUAUUCCGUCAAGGUGGAGGAAACUGCAGGCCCUCGUCUGCCAAGUGGAUGUUGGUGUUCGUCAGCUGUUUGUGCACUGCUUAUACCCAUACAGGAUCUGUUACAAAUGAACGAGCUGCUUUGCAGCUAGCUAGCUGCUAAGUGAAGUCUGGGACUGAUAUAUUGUAGUAAGGAAGAAGAUAGCAACAUGCCUGGUUCGUCAACCGCUAUCCGGCAAGAGAGGCUAAAGAAGGCAGGCGUGAGGCCAAAUACACCUGUUCUGUUCACCAUUAAUGAGGAAGAUGAGCAGCAAAAGAAUGGCAAGUCCAAGAGACUGAAAGUAUCUGAAAACUCCAAAGUGGUGCAGGACAAAAAAGCUGCUCCAUCCAGCCGCCCCACCUCUGCCGCUUUAGGACAGAAUGCCAGCAGUGCUGGAGCCAAGCCAGACCCUGCGCCAGUACUGAAAGUUGAUGAAAGGCAGCGACUUGCUCGAGAACGGAGAGAAGAACGGGAAAAGCUGUUAGCGGCAAGAGAAGCUGCCUGGGUAGAAAAAGAAGAAAGAGCAAGGCAAUAUUAUGAGAAACACCUAGAGGAGCGCAAAAAGAAAUUAGAAGAGCAGAGACUAAAAGAAGAGAGAAGGCGAGCUGCAGUGGAGGAAAAACGCCGACAGCGGAUAGAAGAGGACAAGGAGCGCCAUGAAGCGGUCGUGCGGCGCACAAUUGAGAGGAGCCAGAAACCGAAACAGAAGCAAAAUAGGUGGUCCUGGGGAGGUGCACUUCAUAACAGCAGCAGCAUUAACAAUACAGAUCCAGACAGGCGAUCUGUUUCAACAAUGAACCUUUCGAAACAUGUUGAUCCAGUCAUUAACAAGCGACUCUCCUCCUCAUCUGCAACAUUACUAAAUUCUCCAGACAGAGCUCGACGCCUGCAGCUAAGUCCAUGGGAAAGCAGCGUUGUUAGCAGACUACUGACACCAACACAUUCAUUCUUGGCCAGAAGUAAAAGUGCAGCCACCUUGUCAGGAGAUGCAGUCAUCCCCAUUUGUCCUCGUUCAGCAUCUUGCAGCCCCAUCAGCCCUCUCUCCUUCAAGGCCGUAAGCUGUCGGAAUCCAGCAGACAGAGCAAAACUCUUUGGCACGACACCUGAUGUUAGACGUAGGAGGACUACACAUUCAGCAGGGAUGAGCAGAAAAGAAAAGGAAAAGGUCCUUUCGUUGUCUAACCCAUCUGGCAAAAAAAGAUCACGUUCGCCUGCUACCUUCAGAAGCAAAUCAGCUGCUUGGCAUGCCUCUAGGUCUUUACCUUUCUUGCCUGGAACACCCAAAAAGGUGGUUUCAGCACAUGGAUCAACCAGAAUCUCUGUUGCUCAACAACGCCCUCCUUCUCCUGGCAACAUCCGACCCACCAAAAAUGACCGCAAAGUGGAAAAUGUUAAAAAAGAAAUACAGCGGGAGUCUGAGAAGACCACUGAAGAAAAGACAGACCAUGCGAAAGCAACCUUCAGUCCCACAGUGGUUACAAACCAAGAAGCACUCCCUUGUAAAAUAGAGACCACACAAAUUGCUGCUCCAGUUCUGCCCUCUGCUCCUUCAGUUGCUUCACCACCUCCUAUCUGUAGCAAGCCUUCUGCAGGGACAACAGACCCAGAAGAAGCAACCAGGUUGCUUAGCGAAAAAAGAAGGCUGGCCCGGGAACAACGAGAGCGGGAAGAGCAGGAAAGAAGAGAGAGGGAAGAGACUGAAAGACAAAAGAAGGAGGAGCUGGCCCAGAGGAUAGCAGAAGAAAGAGCUCGCCGUGAGGAGGAGGCUCAGAAACAGGAAGCAGAGAGGAAGCAGAAAGAGGCAGAGCAUAAGCAGGAAGAAGAGGAGCAGUUGUGCCGCCUGGCGGAAGAAAAAGAAAAGAAAGAACGAGAGGAAAUGGAACACCUUCAGAAGCAGAAGGAAGAAGAGGCUCGGUUACGAGAAGAGCAGAUUCGGUUAGAGCGUGAAAAGCAUUUCCAGAGAGAAGAACAAGAGCGCUUGGAAAGGAAGAAGCGUCUUGAGGAAAUUAUGAAAAGAACUAGGAGAACAGAAGCUGCAGAGAAGAAAUCAAAUGAGCAGCAAAAUGGGGAGAUAGCAAAGGAAACAGCUGUGAGCACUCCAUUAAGCCCUGCGAUGGCUUCUCAGGUUCAGUGUGUGCCAGAAUCUCCACGGAACGGGGAAUUGCUCACCCAUACCCACGUGCUAAUUUCUCAUCAGCCCACAGUCAACCUUGACAGUAAUCUCAACCCAGGAAAACAUCCAAAUGAAAACGGAGUGUCUAUGCAGAAUGAUAAUUUUGAGGAGGUCAUCAGCUUGCCCAUGGGAACGAAACCACCCAGGCUGGAUGCUAUGAACAAUGAUGAUAAAAAUAGCCCUGACAUUUCUUUGACUCCCAUUCUGGCCUUUGAAGAGAAGGGGACCCUAGGGCCAUUGCCUCAGGUAGAUAACGUUCAAACACAUCAAACAGCAGAAGUUGUCUGAUCUCUGCUUACAAAUUACCAAAGGUGGCAUAAAAGUCUCUGCAGCCAGUGGAGUUCCUUCCAUGCUAUGAAGGAGUGUGGUAGUUUUUGCACUCUCGAGUUUUCUAAAGAUUUCUUGGACACUGUUUUUUUGGGUUUUUUUAAGGCCAUAGUAAAACCAGCAGAAGAAUUUAUUGGGAAUAGACUUGGAUUACCUUUCUAUCAAAUAGAUCUCACCACUAGGAAAAAUCAUGUUUCAUGUGCAUAAAUUGCUUAUAUCCAGCAAGUUCCUUUGGUUAGCAUAACAGAUAUUUUCUGCAUUCUUGAAGACAAAAGCUUCACUGGAUUCUAACAAUAACGGGCUGAUUGGGGUAAUGGACUUGUUUUCUGUUGUUUUUGAAGAUGGGUAUUUGGUUUUAAAAGGUAUGUAAAAUCAGCAAAGUAUCUUUUACAUUUUACGGAUUGAAUACUUGAAAAGUAAAUGCCUCACUGCUCUACAAGUAGGGCUACUGGGGUGUUUUUUUAUUUAAGCCUUUUGGUUUAAAUAUUAUUGCAGAGAACUCUUAAUUAUGGGGGCAACAUAGAGGCUUCUGUAUCAGGUUCUUGUAAAUGUAACUCCUACAUGGACAUUCUGUAUAUUUAGGCAUCACUACUGUCCUCUUGCAUUUUCUUCUAAAAAAUAAAAUAACAUAGCAGGUUUUAAAAUGUGAAAAAUCGAAAGCAUUAUUUUUUCAUGGAUGAAAUGGAAAACCUGUUGUUAUCCUAGAUAAUGUAUUUAUUAAUUUUGUUCUGUACAAAAUAAAUCAUAGAAAAUGUGCUUAAAAACUA